AUGGUCAAGCCUCUCCAGCCGGUUACAGACGUCGAGUUUAGGACGUCUGAUGACAUAGAGUACUGGAGUCGGAUGAAAGUAAGUUGUUACCGUUUAUGUGUGCUUUAUAUUUAUCUGUAAUCAACGGAUUAUUGUGUGUAAUAUUAACCAUUUUGUAGGAAUUGGCCGUCUUUCAAGAACCUGGUGUGAUAUCAAGUGUAGCCUUUUCACCAAAUAAACCCUAUCACUUGGCCGUUGCAAAUUCAAACAGAGUAAGUUCUUAUGAUACUACACGUUAAAGUAUUGUUCUUUUGAGUUUAAUCAAUAAUUUUGUUAAGGUUUCGUUGUUUGACACAUCUAUUGCACAGCCAGUUUGGUUUCAAAGUAGAUUCAGAUCAAAUGUUUUUGGAUUAAAGUUUAGAGAAGAUGGUCAACUCUUGGGUGAGUUAUCUUAUGCUGUAUUAGAAUAUUAAUUUGAAAUGUUAUUAAAAUUUAGUAGUUUUUGUUACGUUUAAAUAAAAAAAACAAUUUUUAGGUAUGGGAACAUUGGAUGGAUACGUUCACUUCUUCGAUGUGACCAAGAACGAGCUUCCUUCACGGCAUCCUCUCAGGGUCUUCAAAGCUCACGAUUCAGAGGUCAGAUGCAUUGAGUUCCAGACCAAAUCUCAGAAUUGUGUAACUCUUGGUGACGAUAGCAAUAUAAAGGUGUGGGAUUUGGCUUUAUCGAAUCACACUGAACCUUUAAUCACGAUAAGUGGAGCACAUUCUGAUAGGAUCAGGGCAGCGGUGACGUCGCAUAACAACACAGAUGUAGUAGUAUCAGGGUCUUACGAUCAUACUUUAAAGCUAUGGGACACCCGGCAGGAGAACAAACAGUGUAGCAUUCAGAUGAACCACGAUGCUCCAGUGGAGAAAGUGCUUCUCACGUCGAACGAUCGGCUUUUGAUCAGUGCUGGAGGCAAUUGCGUUAAGUUCUGGGAUCUGGCUGCUGGGGGUCGGCUGAUUCAGACAUUGGAGAAUCACAACCGAACGGUAGGGCUCACGGUAUAUUGAGUUAUGGUUUAGGUAACAUCGUUGGCCAUGUCUCAAGACAAGAAGUACCUGCUGUCAGGUGGUCUAGACCGUAGAGUUCAUGUUUUCUGCGUUGAUCAAGGGACGUACUCACUGGUUUCAACGAUCCCUACAGCUGCUCCAGUACUAUCAAUGGAUCUGGCCAAGUCGGGAGAUUGUUUGGCCUUUGGAAUGAAUAACUUGUUGAGUAUUCAGCGACGACAGCCGAAAGCGAAAAUACCAAAAGCGUUGAAGAAAAAUGUAGUAGGUACUGGAAAGGCGUUGAAACUAAAGAGUACUGUAAUUCAACACAGAGAAGGAAAUGCUGAGAUGAGGAGAGCUGACGUCACGGCCAAGCAUAUCGAACAGGUAUGGUAACUAGUUUUCUUUAAAGAUGUUUUAUUGAUGUUUAGUGAAUAAUUUUUAAUCUGUUUGGUUUGAACUAUUGUAUUUUUUAACUUUAUGUUGUUAUCAAAAUUGUUAUUUAGGUGCACUUGGGAAGACUAGAUGUUUUACUACGCAGUUGUCAGUUCAGAAAGGUGGUCGACCAAGUUAUGCAGCACAAAAAGUUGAGGGAAGAACAGCCAGAACUUGUUGUCGCAGCCUUGAAUCAGCUGAAGAUCAGAGGUGUGUUACCCACAGCAUUAGCUGGUAGACAAGGUCCUCAACUUAGACAGAUCCUAGGCUUUGUUUCUACGCAUUUCUUCAAACCUUCGUUUUCAGAAGUGCUCAUGGACGUGGCUAACGUUAUAUUUAGUAAGUUGUCGUUAUAAUUAGUGUGUUUUACUGGCAAUUAUAUGUUAUUUGACCAUACAUCUUGUUAUUUUGUAUUUAAAACACAUCUCUUGUAGAUGUAUACAUUGGGGAAGAGCUGAGCAGAAACGAAAUGUCAGCGAUGAGAGACUUGAGGAACCAGAUCAAGGCCGAGAUAGCUUGCCAACAAUCAAUGUUACGAGUUUGUGGUAUCAUGGAGUCAUUGUGGAAUACAGAAGAACAUACCCAAAGUGAAGAAAACGACGAAGUGUUCGGGGAGGUGACAAUCACUCCGAAGGUCUACUCUUUGAAGGACGAUUAAUGUUAAAGUUUAUAAUUGUUGAUUUUGUUGUUAUUGUUAUUAAAUAUGGCCAAGUAUGCUUUGUUUUGUCACAUCAAUUGUUUCAUACGAUUUGUUACCUAAAAUGUCAUGUUUUUGAUUUUAACUUUGAUUUUAGAUGGUUUCUUUGUUCCCUAAGGCAAUUGAGGAUGAAGAGAACAUGGAAGAGGUUUUGUCAUCAGAAGACGAAGAGGACGAGGUACGGUUUUCAUCUUUUAACCGAUAUCUUGAUUUUAGGCAUUGAAAGCGAGGAAGAAACAGAAGAAAGGCGCUUUGUCGUGUGGCUUCAGAAAUGACUUUGUUUUUGUGGAUGAUGACAAAAAAGGUGACGUGGAUCACUACGAUGGCAUCAAGCCCUACUUGAAGAAGACUGUAGCUAUUUCACUCCAAGAUAAGAUCGACGAAGAGAGAAAACGAUUGAAACUGAAUGAGAAAGUAGUGUUGGGAGGGACUGUAGUGGACGAAGAAGGAGUGAUUCAAGGAGAAGAUGACGAUGGAUUGGUACAGGAAUUGGUCGAAACUUCAGAUAAGAUUCGGGAGAAGAAGGUAAAGGGCACGGUACAGCAAAAGGACUUUUUUGACGGGUUAUCAGAGGACUUGACCAACGUAUCGGAAGCCAUGACCUUCUAUGACAUGAAGUUGAGCAGAAAGGUGUUAAAGGUACGGUUUGUCAUAAAUAUUCAUUGUAACGUUUAGUUUUGUUACACUGAAUCUAACUGAUUUAGGCGGUUAUGGAGUUGGGUUACACUCAGCCAACUCCGAUCCAAGCAGCGUGCAUUCCAGUAGCGUUAGCUGGAAAAGACAUUUGUGCUUGUUCUGCUACUGGUACAGGAAAGACCGCUGCCUUCAUGUUACCUAUUCUUGAGCGUUUGUUAUACAAACCUAAGGGUCAGCACUCGACAACUCGUGUGUUAGUGCUGGUACCUACAAGAGAACUGGCUAUCCAGGUGUUCCAAGUGUCAAGGAAACUGGCACAGUUUACAAAUGUGGAGAUUUGUCUAUGUGCAGGUAUGUUAUUAUGGUGUUUUUGA